GCCCAUCAGAGUUUGAUGUCCGACCACCUCGCGGGCACCAUGAGGACAGUGGACGUGGUCACCACCCAGGGGAGGAGGGCUUUCCUAACAGCUGCCUCCACUCUCUCAGCUCCACCACCGGGAGCCGCUCCUGCAGCCACCGAGCCGCCCAUGGGGCCGCGCCUGGGGGAGCUGACUGUGACCGGUGUGACCCCCCACUCUGUGGGCCUCGCGUGGACCGUCCCCGAGGGCCAGUUUGACUCCUUCAUGGUCCAGUACGAGGACAGCGAUGGGCAGCUCCAGGUGGUGCCUGUGGCCGCAGACCAGCGUGAGGCCACCGUCCCCGGCCUGGAGCCCGCUCGCGGAUACAGGAUGCUCGUCUAUGGCCUCCACGGCGGGCAGCGCCUGGGCCCGCUCUCUGUGGGAGCUGUGACAGCGCCCCUCCCACCAGCUCCAGCCACAGAGUCCCCCCAGGAGCCGCGCCUGGGGGAGCUGACGGUGACAGAUGUGACCCCGAGCUCCGUGGGCCUCUCGUGGACGGUUCCUGCGGGUGAAUUCGACUCCUUCGUGGUCCAGUACAAGGACAGGGACGGGCAGCCCCGGGUGGUGCCUGUGGCCGCAGACCAGCGCGCGGUCACUGUCCCCGGCCUGGAGCCCAACAGGAAGUACAGGUUCCUGCUCUUUGGGAUCCAGGAAGGGAAACGACGCAGCCCCGUUUCUGUGGAGGCAAAGACAGCUGCCCACGGUGACGCCAGCCCGCAGGCCCCGCCCCGCCUCGGGGAGCUGUGGGUGACGGAGCCCACCCCGGACUCCCUGCGCCUCUCCUGGACGGUCCCCGAGGGCCACUUCGACUCCUUCGUGGUCCAGUUCAAGGACAGGGACGGGCCCCGGAUGGUGCCUGUGGGGGGCCACGAGCGCUCGGUCACCAUCACCCCCCUGGACAGCGGCCGCACGUACAGAUUUCUCCUCUACGGCCUCCUGGGCAAGAGACGCCACGGCCCCCUCAGCGCGGACGGCACCACAGAGGCGCAGAGCGCUGCGAGUGUCGCUGGAACAAAGCGCCCCCCAAAGCCCCGUCUGGGGGCGGAGCUGCAGGUGACCAGCGUGACACCGGACUCCGUGGGCCUCGCAUGGACUGUCCCCGAGGGCCAGUUUGACUCCUUCGUGGUCCAGUACAAGGACAGGGAGGGGCGGCCCCAGGUGCUGCCUGUGGAGGGCAGCCUCAGGGAGGCCAGGGUCUGGGGCCUGGACGCCGCCCGCAGGUACAAGCUGCUGCUCUACGGGCUGCACCAGGGCAGGCGCGUGGGGCCCCUCUCGGCCUUCGCUGUGACAGCCCCCAGGGAGGACAACGGAGCUGAGACCACAGCCCCAAGCCCUUCAGAGUCAGAGCUCCAGCUCGGGGAGCUGACCGUGGCCGAGGCCACCCCGCACACCCUGCACCUGUCCUGGACGGUCACGGAGGGGGAACCGGACUCUUUCGAGGUCCAGUACACAGACCAGGAUGGGCAACUCCAAGUUGUCAGUUUAGGGGGCGACCAGAAUGACAUCACCCUCUCGGGCCUGGAACCCAACCACAGCUACCUGGUGAAGGUGUACGCUGUCCGGGGCCCGCAGCGCCUGGGUCCCAUCCAGGUCCAGGCCCUGACAGCCCCAAGGGAAGAGGAGGAGGAACCAUCAGAACCUCCUACCACGACCCCUGAGCCUCCCGUGAAGCCCCUGCUGGGGGAGCUGACGGUGACGGGAUCCUCCCCGGACUCGCUGAGCCUGUCCUGGACCGUCCCCCAGGGCCAGUUUGACCACUUCCUGGUCCAGUACAAGAACGGGGACGGGCAGCCCAAGGCGGUCCGGGUGCCGGGACACAAGGACGGGGUCACCAUCUCGGGCCUGGAGCCGGACCACAAGUACAAGAUGCACCUGUAUGGCUUCCACGACGGCCAGCGCCAGGGCCCCGCCUCUGCCACCGGGGUGACAGCUGCAGAGGAGGAGACCCCCAGCCCCGCAGAACCCAGCACGGAGGCCCCCGAGCCCCCCGAGGAGCCCCUGCUGGGGGAGCUGACGGUGACGGGAUCCUCCCCGGACUCGCUGAGCCUGUCCUGGACCGUCCCCCGGGGCCACUUCGACGCCUUCACCGUCCAGUACAAGGACAGGGACGGGCGGCCCCAGGUGGUGCGUGUCGGGGGUGAGGAGAGCGAGGUCACCGUGCGGGGCCUGGAGCCGGGGCGCAAGUACAAGAUGCACCUGUACGGCCUGCACGGGGGGCGGCGCGUGGGCCCCGCGUCCACCCUGGGCCUGACCGGUGAGUGGGGCGGGACCCAGGGCAGGGAGGAGGGCCCUGGAGGACUCUCCCUUUGUUACCAUCUUCGUGGAAACACCAGUGUGCCCCCCCGCAAACCUCCUCCCCCGCCCCCGCAGGCUCCACCGCUGGCCUGGGGUCUG